UGCGGCCUGAGCUGAGCUGUCCCGAAACACGUCAGAAUCGAGGUCGUGUCUUAGACAUGAAUCAUCUUUAUUUGUUUACUACCUCCUGUAUUAUUAUGUAGAAGGUACAUAAAGUCGCCACCUCUUAGCAGAGGCAUCACAGACACCCAUGGCAUAACUACAGAGCAAAACAUCUGCGUAAAACCAAGUAGCAAACAACAACAACGCAGGACCAACCGGCGAUGGGACAUUCUCUGGGACACAUGCUGCACGCGGAGAGGCUGAAGCUCCGGAGGGGGCGCCACCACCACCGGGAACAGCAGAAGUUCCCAGACCUGGAGACCCUCCCUCCGGAAGUGGGCAUGGCAGUCCUGAAGCACCUGAAUGCCACAGACCUGUGCUUGGCCUCCUGUGUGUGGAACAUGGCCAACGAUGACGUCCUGUGGAUGGGACUUUGCAAAGCCACCUGGAACUAUGCCACUGUGUACAGAAAACAGAGAGAUGCCAACUUCUCCUUCAGGAGAUUGUACCUCAUCUUGGAUGAAGGUUCUCUCACCUUCAAUGCAGACCCUGAGGCAGGUAUUGAGUACCUGGUUGCCCAGGGUGUGCUGGAUAACCACCCCAGGGAACUGGCAGCUUUCAUCCACGGCACACAGACACUGAGAUGGAAACCCCUCCGAAUCUUCCUAGAAAAUAGGCCGGAUGUUCUGGAUGAGCUAGUCAUCCGACAGAACUACCGUAACCAGUUCCUCCCCAACGCCCUCCGAAAGUUCUUCCUAACCAUCCAUGCACCUGAGGAGAGGGGAGACUACCUGCAGAAGCUGGUGGAGAAAUUCUCCCAGAGGUUCUGUCAGUGUAAUCCUGACUGUGGGCUGUCACCUGGAGUGAUCGAGGUCCUGUGCUUUGCCCUGAUACUCCUGUCGGUGGACCUGAGCAGUCCGCAUGUAAAGAACAAGAUGUCCAAGCGGGAGUUCAUCAAGAAUCUACGUCACGCUACGCCAGAGACCGACCCCGAGUUCGCAGGUCAUCUCUAUGACAACAUCUACCUCGUGGGACAUGUGGCGCCCAACGAUUGAACGAGAGAAAAAAAUCGUACUCUUGUAAUUAGUCGAACCAAUGAAAUCUUUGCAAGUAUCAAUGUAUUUUUCAACCUGGCAGCUCAACAAUAUUUCAUGUUGUUACAUGCCACGAACAUGUAAUAUGUCCCUGAAUAUAU